CGCCACAUCAUUUUAUCAUUUUUCUAAUUAAUUUUUAUUUUUCGCUAAUGUAAUAUGAAAAACAACUUCACAAUUUAACAUCUUGUCCAUCUCCUGCAGGACAAAUUGAAUCAUUAUUCCCCGUUUCCCAACAUCAACUUCACCAGCUUAAAAUUAACUUUAACUUUAUUUUUCAUUUAUAUAAAGCAAAAAAAAAAAAAAGUCUUUGACAGCGUACAUAGAGAAAUGCUGUGGAGCGUCGCCAAGGCGUCCGGCAUCCCAGAAGACUACAUCUCCAUCUUCACGAGUCUGUAUACCAACUCAAGCUGCUGCGUGAGAACCGAAAGUGGCAACACAGAAUUCUUCAAAAUCGUCACAGGCGUGAGAGACUGCUGUCUCCUGUCAAAAGCCAUGAAUGGACCAACAGCUGGAAUACAGUUGACUGUUGGGAGACGUCUACCGGACCUGGACUUUGCAGAUGCUGUUGCGCUCCUGGCAGAGUCAUGCCGAGUGCGCCAACAAAUGACGACCAGAUUGCGAAAGUGAGGGAUACUGAGACCGAUAUCAGCUCCAGACUCGGGUGUGCAGCAGCAGCGUUUAGAAGAACGAACAAGCUUGGGGCCAGCACUUCAAUUAGCGACCGUAUGAAGAUCCUGCUGGACCAGAGCAUUGUCCUGCCAACAGCAGUCUAUGCAGGAGACACUUGGAAAAUGACCGCCAAGAUCACUUGUUGAACGUAUUCCACCAACGGUGUCCGUGCAGAAUAGUCGAGGUCACCUCCAGGGACAGAAUCACAAACUCUGAAGUCCUGAAAAGAGCCAAUUUAUGCAGCCUGCAAGAGAUCAUGGUGGAAAGAAGAGUGAGACAUGUAGGUCAUGUUUUCCGACUGCCAGAAGAACGAAUACCUAAGACAGCUAUACGAUGGGUAUCGCCAAAGGGAUGAAGGAAGAGAGGGAGACCUGAGAAGACGCAGUGCGCCACUUUCAAAGAUGAUUUGAAGUAACUCUGCAUCACCCGGGAAGAUGCAGGCAAUGAUGCUCAAAACCGGAAUGAUAGGCAACAUCUCGCUGCCCGAUGGGCAGCUCGACUGUCUGAGAGGAACGAAGAGAGAGAUAAAGCGCAUUUAUAUGUCGUACUCUAAAGCACUUGAGAAAAAUGUUAACUUUUUUGAAAAAAAAAAAGCUAUUUAUUUUUUUCGCGGUCCGGUUUCCAUCAAAUCCUGCGCUCUGAUUGGCUGGCGAGCCAGUUACGGACCCCAGUUACGGACCUCCGGCGACUCAUUUGUUCACAGCAACAACAAAUAUAGUUGCAAUUUUUGUCAACGUUUAUUUUCACAUUUCUCAGGAGAAUAGCAUUAAUUUUGCAGCAUGGAUAGCGAUAACGACAGUCUUCACAGCGAAAGCGAGUUUUACGCCCCUGAGGAAGAAGAAAUAAAAUGAAACAUUUCAGGAGAAAGCUAAAAACCUCUAACUUGCUAACGUCGAGCAAAAACAUGGCUGAAUCCUGAAUGACUCAAUUUUGUAUAAACAGGGGACGACAUAGGUGGCAAAAUGUAGUUUUUUUCCCUGCCAUGGAAGUGCACUUGUAUACCGAGGAGGAAGCCAUUUGCAUUACAGUCGUGAAUGAGGAUUCAAAAUGGCGGCUCGGCUCGGUUUUCCCUUUCGGGCGCUCUCGUUUUCUGUUAGAAUUUGGUAAAGAAAAAAAUAAAUAUAUUAUUUACCAGCUUAAGGUCGGUCCGUAUGGUGAAAUACCGUGACCUCGGCCCUCGUAUUCCACGAUAUGGACCUCCCAGCUGGUAAAUAACACACAUUUUUUGUCGCGGUCCAAAUCCUGUGCUCUGAUUGGCUGGCGAGCAGGUCCAUAUCCUAUGGUACGGACCCAAGUUACAGACCUCUGGCGACUCGCUCGUUCACAACAACAGCAACAAACAUAGUAGCGUUUUUUUUGUCAACAUUUUUAUUUAUUUUUUUAAAAGUAAGAUUUAUUUAUAAGAUUAUCAAAAAUCUUGUAAAUGUUUGCCAGCAUUUCUCAGGAGAAUAGCAUUAAUUUUACAGCAUGGAUAGCGAUAACGACAGUGUUCCCAGCGAAAGUGAGUUUUACUCCCCUGAGGAAGAAGAAAUAGAAUAAAACAUUUCAGGAGAAAGCUAAAAACCUCUAACUGUUGCUAACGUCGAGCAAAAACAUGGCUGAAUCCUGAAUGACUCAGUUUUGUAUAAAUAGGGGACUAUAUAGGCGGCAAAAUGUAGUUUUUUUUUUUCCUGCCAUGGAAGUGCACUUGUAUACCGAGGAGGAAGCCAUUUGCAUUACAGCCGUGAAUGAGGAUUCAAAAUGGCGGCUCGGCUUGGUUUUCCCUUUCGGGCGCUCUCGUUUUCUGUUAGAAUUUGGUAAAGAAAAAAUAUAUUAUUUACCAGCGUAAAGUCGGUCCGUAGAAGAAACCUUUAUUCAUCACAUGCACACUUCGAGCACAGUGAAAUUCAUCCUCUGCAUUUAACCCAUCUGAAGCAGUGAACACACGCACACACACACACAGAGCAGUGGGCAGCCACACUAGAGCGCCCGGGGAGCAGUCAGGGGUUCGGUACCUCGCUCAAGGGCACCUCAGCCCAAGGCCGCCCCACGUUAACCUAACCUGCAUGUCUUUGGACUGUGGGGGAAACCGGAGCACCCGGAGGAAACCCACGCGGACACGGGGAGAACAUGCAAACUCCACACAGAAAGGCCCUCGUCGGCCACGGGGCUCGAACCCGGACCUUCUUGCUGUGAGGCGACAGCACUAACCACUACACCACCGUGGCUCGGCCUUGAAUACUGACCUCGGCCCAGAGGGCCUCGUUCAGUACUUUCAAGACCUCAGUCACGAUAUUUCACCAUACGGACCUCCCAGCUGGUACUUGCAGCUAAAAAAAAAUGCAGACGCUCUUCCAGUCUGCGCUUCAACAGGCAGUUCAGAUGAUAAAUAACCAGAGGUGGACAAAGUCCCCAACGUCAUUACUUCCGUCUGGAAGGCUAGACGUCCUCCUCUUCUCUCAUGGCGUCUUCGGAAGAUGAGUUCCAGACCCUGAAGCCGCGCCGCAUUCAGAACCAGAAUGUGGUGCACAGACUGGAGCUGCGGCGCAUCAGCUCGGGCCGACCCGGCGCUCACUGGUACCGCGUUCGCUGUUUCCACCAGAACCUCUUCCCAAAUUUCACCGCCGUGAAUGUGGAGAAGCCGCCGUGUUUCCUGCGCAAGUUCUCUCCGGAUGGCCGCUGCUUCGUGGCGUUCUCUUCGGACCAGACCUCGCUGGAGAUCUACGAGUUCCGAGGCUGCCAGGCGGCUGAGGAUCUGCUCCAGGACCACGACGAGGGCCGAGACGGCGAGGUUCUGAGUGAGAGUGUGCGAGCCCGUCUGUUCUCGCGUUUCUUCUCGCUGCUUCACGUGACUAGCGUGGCGUCAAACGGCGAGCACCUGAACCGCGAGUGCAGCUUGUUCACGGACGAUGGGCGCUAUGUGAUUGUGGGCUCGGCAGCGUACCUGCCUGACGAGCCUCAGCCGCACUUUUUCGAGGUUUAUCGCAACAACGAGGCGGUGACUCCGAACCCGCGCUCGCCGCUUGAGGAUUACUCGCUCCACAUCGUCGACUUGCACACGGGACGCCUCUGCGACACGCGCGCCUUUAAAUGCGAUAAAAUCAUCCUGUCGCAUAAUCAGGGACUUUACCUGUACAGGAACAUCCUCGCCAUCCUCUCGGUCCAGCAGCAGACCAUCCACGUCUUUCAGGUGACGGCGGAGGGGACGUUCCUGGACGUGCGUACAAUCGGGCGGUUCUGUUACGAGGACGACCUGUUGACACUGUCGGCCGUGUACUCGGAGGCGCAGGUGGAGGGCCCGGCCGGGUUCUCGCGCCUCUAUAAGGAGAAGAGCAUCAGCUCUCUGAAGCACCGCCUGCUGGUGUUCCUGUGGAGACGAGCCGAGCGUGACGGCAGCGCCACCGCGAAACGCCGCUUCUUCCAGUUCUUCGACCAGCUGCGGCAGCUGCGCAUGUGGAAAAUGCAGCUGCUGGAUGAGAAUCACCUGCUGAUCAAAUACACCAGCGAGGACGUGGUGACCCUGCGCGUCACUGACCCCUCCCAGCCGUCUUUCUUCGUGGUGUAUAACAUGGUGAGCACGGAGGUGAUCGCGGUGUUUGAGAACACGUCUGAUCAGCUGCUGGAGCUGUUUGAGAAUUUCUGUGAUCUGUUCCGUAACGCUACGCUACACAGUGAGGCUGUACAGUUCCCCUGCUCCGCCUCCAGCAACAACUACGCCCGGCAGGUCCAGCGCAGGUUUAAGGACACUAUAGUGAAUGCGAAGUACGGCGGUCACACGGAGGCGGUGCGGCGUUUACUCGGUCAGCUGCCCAUCAGCGCUCAGUCAUACAGCAGCAGCCCCUACCUCGACCUGUCGCUCUUCAGCUACGACGACAAGUGGGUCUCCGUCAUGGAGCGACCAAAAACCUGCGGAGAUCACCCCAUACGGUUUUACGCGAGAGACUCUGGUCUGCUGAAGUUUAAGAUCCAGGCUGGUCUUCUGGGUCGGCCGAUAAAUCACACCGUGCGGCGCCUCGUCGCGUUCACCUUCCACCCGUUCGAACCGUUCGCCAUCUCCGUGCAGCGCACCAACGCUGAGUAUGUCGUCAACUUCCACAUGCGCCACAGCUGCUUGUGACAAAACGCACAUCUGGGUGGUGUGUGUGAGAGAGAGAUGAUGUUCACACUGCUUUUUCAGAUCAUUUUCACGUUUUUAACAUUAAAACUCUAUUUAUUAUACCCACAGUAUGACUAUUUUAUUCACAAUUAUUUUUUUAUUGUAAAUAAAAGUUGGUUUGGAGAUUUUA